GUACCCAUAACUCAGUAACCAUGGGCGUGUCAACCAUCAAACUUCUUCAAAUAACACCUUUAGAGAGUUAAUGAAAUGCCAGCGAGGAUGAUGAGCGCUCGUGGCGGCCCUGGUGCGGCGGGCGAGGUUAGCGUGGCGGACAGUCCCCUGGCCACCUUCGAGUCGCUCACGCAGGCGGCCGUCAUCGCCGUCAUGGGCGUCGCCAUUGUCGUCUCCAACCUUCUUAUCAUUGCCGCCUUCCUUAACUUCAAAGGUCUAUCUAACGAAGUGAUAAAUUAUUACUUGCUCUCACUCGCCGUGGCAGACCUGCUGUGUGGCUUGUUCGUUGUGCCACUGUCUGUGUACCCCGCUAUAACCGGGCGCUGGAUGUUCGGCGAUCUAAUGUGCCGGCUGGCGGGCUAUGUGGAGGUGACGCUCUGGUCCGUCAGCGUGUACACCUUCAUGUGGAUCUCCGUGGACCGAUAUCUCGCCGUCCGGAAACCUCUCCGAUAUGAGACGGUUAGUGCAACGGUACAAACGCGCACUAGGAGUCAAUGUUGGAUGGUGUUCACUUGGAUUUCGGCCGCUAUGUUGUGCUGCCCACCGCUUCUCGGAUAUAAAAAGGAUGCUAAUUUCGACAAGGAAACUUUCAUUUGCAUGCUCGACUGGGGCACGACUUACGCGUACACGGCCACAUUAGGUAUUCUCGUCCUCGGUCCGAGCGUAAUUUCGAUCGUGUAUAAUUAUUUUUACAUAUUCUCAAUGAAGCGGAAACUGAACAGCGGAGCCCCAAUACACGACAAAGAGUACGCCACGGCUCUGGCGGAGAACCUCGCCAACCCUAGCCACUGGAUGAGUUUCGUACUUGUGACCGCUUUUUGGUUGAGUUGGGCGCCGUACGCUGGUGUGCGACUGUAUGAGUACAUCACAGACCAAGAACUCAAGAUACCGAUGCUUCAUUUCGGCGUGGUAUGGCUCGGCAUACUGAACUCAUUCUGGAAGAUCGUCAUUCUGAUUUCGCUCAGUCCGCAGUUCAGAUUAGCUUUGCGAAUUCUAUGUCUGACUGCCUGCUGUCGCACCAAGGGGCGGUUGCAAGCUGAGCUCAUAGGCAUGGACAAUGACGACUGAGCGUGCUCACUAUGGCUCUAACGAUUUACGAUAGACAGGAAGAAUAACGAUAUAUAGAUAGAUACUAUAUGAAAAGAAUGGUACCUAUAUUAUG